AUGUCAGGACGUCAGGAUCCCUCCAGCGGAACUCGCGGGUCCCAGGAAACUGGCACUUCGCCCGUAGAGGCGGAAUCUUCAUCCGUCCGCAUCUCAGGACUGUCAGAGAAACAUACCCCCUCACCAGAGCACCCGACGUCAGAUGAGUCCAAGAAUCACGAUGGGCCGGGAGAAAAUGUCCCGUCUGGAGAACCGCUGGAUCGAGUCCCCUCCCAAGCGGACAAGCUGGGGAAGAAGAAGAUUAUCAUCGUGAUGACCGCGCUAUGUCUGGUGUUGUUCCUUGCGGCUUUGGAUAUGACCAUUGUCUCUACGGCGAUGCCGACGAUGGCUCGCUAUUUCCAUGCCAAAGAGAGUGGAUACUCAUGGAUGGCUUCGUCGUACAUGCUGGCGAACGCCGCAUCUGUCUCCCUCUGGGGUAAAAUCAGUGAUAUCUGGGGCAGGAAGCCGAUCCUACUAAUUGCUAACAUUAUAUUCCUCGUCGGCAGCCUCGUCUGUGCUCUCGCCUAUAAUCUGCCCAUGAUCCUGGCAGGACGAGCUAUACAGGGUGCCGGCGGUGGUGGAAUCAUUGUCCUGGUAAACAUCUGUGUCUCUGACUUAUUCAGUGUUAGAGACCGACCGAUGUACUAUGGACUUUUUGGAUCGACGUGGGCCAUCGCAGGUGCUCUCGGCCCAAUCAUUGGAGGCGCAUUCACCACCAAUGUUACCUGGCGCUGGUGCUUUUAUCUCAACUUACCUAUCGGUGGUUUUUCAUUCGUCAUGCUUCUACUUUUCCUUAAAAUUGAAGCGGGGAAAACCCCUCUUCUGGCUGGUUUGCGAUCCAUUGACUGGUCGGGUGUUCUCUUGAUGAUCGGUGGCACUCUGAUGUUUCUAUUUGGCCUAGAGUUCGGUGGCGUCAGCUACCCUUGGGACUCUCCCACGGUUAUCUGUCUGAUUAUCUUUGGCAUAUUGACCUGGGCCCUGGCCAUGCUGAACGAGUGGAAAGUCGCUCGGUAUCCUGUGAUUCCCGUCCGUCUCUUCCAGAAUUGGCAUAAUGUUCUGGUGCUCGUCGUGUGCUUUUGUCACAGUUUUGUCUUCAUCUCGGGCUCCUACUACCUUCCGCUCUAUUUUCAAACGGUACUAUUCGCCAAUCCCAUUAUGAGCGGAGUUUACGUUCUUCCGAUGGUUCUCAGUCUCUCCGUUGUCUCCGCUGCUGUAGGAGUCGUCAUCAAACUGACCGGUCGCUACCAUGAACUGAUCGUUGUUGGAAUGUGUCUCAUGACACUCGGCUAUGGCCUCUUGAUCGAUCUGAAAUACUACGCCUCGUGGCCUCGCAUUAUCAUCUACCAAAUCAUUGGCGGUAUAGGCACUGGCCCGAACUUCCAGGCUCCGCUUGUUGCCCUACAGGCCAAUAUCCACCGGGCGGACGUUGCUGCUGCUACGGCCACCUUCAGCUUCCUCCGCCAAGCCUCCUCCGCCAUAUCCAUCGUCCUGGGCACGGUGGUUUAUCAAAAUAUUCUUGGGCAGCAGAUGCCUCAUCUCGUCGACAGCCUAGGUGCCGACAUGGCCCGGGCCGUAACAAAGACCUUCUCUGGUUCCCAUGGCAACCUCAUCAAGUCCCUCCCAGAGGGCCAGAAGACCGUCGUCCUGAAUGCUUUAACCUUCACCUUAAGCCGCAUGUGGAUCUUUUACACGGCGAUAGCAGGCUUCGGGUUCCUGGUCAGUCUCUUCAUCCGGCCCGUCGAACUCAGCCAGGCUCACACAAUUACCAAAACCGGUCUCGAUGAACUCGAGCGCGCAAGACAGGAAGUGUUGGCCUCUAAGAAAAGCAAAUCGAAGCCUACGCCUCUCAAGGAGGACGUAUAA